GUCUACUACUGCUAAGCCAUUCUGGCAAGUUGCCACCUUCUGGACGUGAACAAAUAUUUGCGGCAAGCAUUAGAUCAUAUUCUCAAAACGUCUUUCAGGUCAGCGGCAAAACUUCAUAUCAAUACUUCGUCCCAUGGUAGGUCUGCAAGACCACAGUCCAGAUGAUGAACUCAUAGCCCGCGUUGUUCGGGCUCGCGCGAGUCACCUGUACGCAUAUUUCGACGCUUCGAAUGUAGUGGUCAAGUUCUUGCAUGUGCCGUCUUGCUUGGAUCCAUGAUCGACAUUGCCUCAAGAGGCGUAACAUAUUUCACCCCUCUCAGCGCCCGUCCAUCGCGAUAUGGCCGCAUCACCAGAAGACGAGGAGCGACGGGAAGAGUUGGAAUCUUUGGCCGCCAUCUUCCCGGAAUUGAUUGUCGACACAUCCGAUCCAGAGGUGUUCUCCGCUUGUAUCGAACUUGCUGUCUCACCCAGUGCUCCUUUGCUCAUUCGGUUCCAGCCUUCCUUUGAAGCUCAGGGGGGCUCCCAGCCUGCUACCGCUCGCAAAGCAGUGGUCGAGCAUGACCUCCACCUCUCUCAUUUGCCACCGAUCACACUGCAAGUAAAACUCCCUCGCGAUUAUCCUGUGUCAUCACCACCUGAAGUGCGUUUGUCGACUCAUCCAAUCUGGCUUCCGCAAGAAAAGAAGGACGAUCUUGAAAAGGCUGCUGCUGUGCUCUGGGAAGACUAUGGAAGAUGUCAGAUACUCUUCUCAUACAUUGAUCACCUACAACAGGCUGCCGAGCGUGGCUUCGACCUAGCAGAUGAUGGCAAUGGGUGUCUAUCCUUAUCGUCCGCUCUCGAGGACGGUCUGGUUUCAUAUAAUUCGCAGAAGCGAAGAGAAAUAUUCGAAGCCGGCACAUAUGAUUGCGGAGUCUGUCUGGACCCGAAGAAGGGAACGAUGUGCUACCAGAUGAAGCAUUGUGGUCACAUCUAUUGCCGUCAGUGUCUGCAAGACUUUUACAACAACGCCAUCACCGAGGGAGACAUCAGUGGUGUCCGAUGCAUGCAUCCAGAGUGUGACAAGGAUUCCGGGGCGACGGAGGGGCGGAGGACUAUAAAGAAAGAACGCCUAGUCCAUCCGUCAGAACUGUUGGACAUGGGCAUUGACGAGGCCGUGGUUCGUCGCUUUGUUGAGAUGAAGCGCAAGAAGAGGCUGGAAGCGGACAAGAGCACAGUAUACUGUCCUCGGACAUGGUGUCAAGGCGCAGCAAAGUCUGCCAAAUAUCCUCCCAUUCCAGCCGAUCUGCGAGCAUAUGUUGCUGAAGAGAUGGUCUCAGACGGCGAGCAAGGCGACAACGCUGCAGAGCCACAUGUGGACAACAAGUCUAAUAGUCGUAUCCCUCCAAACCCAUCCGACAGACUCGCAGUUUGCGAAAAAUGUUCAUUCGCCUUCUGUCAGGUAUGCUACAUGGGUUGGCACGGUCCCUUCGCCCGAUGCUUUCCUCGAGACCCGAAUGAGCUCAGUGCGGAGGAAAAGGCAAGCUACGAAUAUAUUCGACUACACACAUCGCCUUGCGCAUACUGCAAUGUGCCGGUGCAAAAGACGAUGGGUUGCAAUCACAUGCGCUGUUUUCAAUGCAACACUCAUUUCUGCUAUUUAUGUGGCGCCUGGUUGGAGCCAGCGAAUCCUUAUCAGCACUUCAACAAAGAAGGCACACCCUGCUUUCAACGGCUUUGGGAGUUGGAGGAGGGGGAUGACGGUCAGGCGCCAAGGGAUGGUGGCGGGUUUGCGGGCGGACGAGGUUGGGAACAGCUCGCCAUCGAGGUCGCUCGGGCAGCUGACGAAGCUGAAGACGCCGCUGCUGCUGCAGCCCUGCAGGCGCAAGAAGAAGAAGAAGAUCGCGAUGUCGAACACCUCUUUCCCAAUGCACCAGAUCCACCUCAUAUCGAGGUCCCUCUUCAGGUAGCGAUGGCACAAGUACAACUGGUGCGUGAGCUUCCACCUGGCGUCGAAGUCAAUGCACGCCGUGGUCCAAGACGAGCGCGAAACCCGUUCCCAGCUAUGCCAAAUGGCAAUGGAGCGGCGCAACGAGUGCGCGAGCACGAACGCGGAGCGCGCAGACGUCCUGCUGUUGCUCGACCCGAUGAGCUAGAGAAUAGACAGCAAGCCGAGUUGCAACGAUUUUUGGAGAUGGCACAACGUGACGAGGAAGAUGGCUGGGACAGUGAUGAGCUCGGCGAUAAUGACGAAGGAUUUAUGAUUCGAUGAAGCAAUGGGCGAUUAGAGCAUUUUCAUACUGGCGUGCACAUAUCUCUGGUAGAUAUCUAUCUGACUCAAAACUAUCGCAAUUUGAGAUAACCUUUCCAGCAAUAGAGAAUUUCGAAUGGUCCAGGACAGAAUCAGUGAUUUUGCCGUGGGCGCUCGGUAUCUAGGUAGUCUC